GGGUUAACCCAGAGCCAGUCAAACAUGCUGAGUGUUCGAACGGCUAUUGUCUAGUAGUGUGCACACAGUGUGUGUUUCCGAACGCAACCGCGUUCGUUCAUUCGUGAAAAAUUAGCGGUGCUCCGCACAGACGGCGGAACAUAACCUUAUUACGAACGGUUAUCCACGGAAACGCAGUAUAGCGGUUUCGGUAUGUCUGUAGAUAUUGGAUGUUUUUUUUUGAGGUUAUCUUGCACAGAGUGAACGAUACGGUACAAUAGCCGUAAUAAUAAACGAUGAGCUCUUUUAACCGUGUUCGUACAAUGUGGCCCGAAAGUUUGGUCUACGCUUGUUCUCUGGUUUUGAUUUACACAUCAAUCGUUGCCGGUGAAAUCGAGUUGCGUUAUGACGAAAAGGCUCAAAUAAUGGCAACGACAACGAGAAGACAUGAGUUUGUGUCAGAAAAGCCAGAGAAAUUGGGUUUUUUGCAUGCUUUUAUAGCAUCCUUAUCAGUCAUUGUAGUAUCCGAGUUAGGUGAUAAAACUUUUUUUAUUGCUGCUAUUAUGGCAAUGAAACAUCCUCGAUUAACGGUAUUCAUUGGAGCUAUCAGUGCACUUGCAUUAAUGACUAUUCUAUCAGUGGUGUUUGGAUAUGCAGCUACGAUAAUUCCUCGUGCAUAUACUUAUUAUAUCUCUACUUUGCUCUUUGCCUUAUUUGGACUGAAAAUGCUACGAGACGGAUACUAUAUGUCACCAACAGAAGCACAAGAAGAGUUAGAGGAGGUUCAAUCAGAUUUAAGAAAAAGAGAAGAUGAGUACGAAAAGGAGACAGCAAGUACCUUAGUUCAAGAUCCUGAAACUGGCGUUAUACGAAAAACCACUAAAACCAGUGCAUUCAUGCUGCUUUCCAGGAUAUUUCUCCAAGCAUUCAGUCUAACUUUCCUCGCGGAGUGGGGCGAUCGCUCACAACUAACGACUAUUAUCCUCGCUGCGAGAGAGGAUGUUUAUGGAGUUAUACUAGGUGGAAUACUAGGUCAUUCCUUUUGUACAGGCUUAGCAGUAUUAGGAGGACGUAUAAUAGCACAAAAAAUUUCAGUGAGGACAGUAACUAUUAUUGGAGGAUUUGUAUUCCUGCUGUUCGCCUUGACAGCACUUUUCGUCAACCCUGUAGAAGACACCUGAAUACUGCUUCCGCGAAAAUCCUAUUCUCCGAAGAUUCUGCGAAGAUUUCUGCAGUGUAUCUGCGUUACCUUGUGAACAUUUUAAGUUGUGUAUAUUGUGUAUACUUGUAUAAUAUAAUUUUAUUCCAUGGAUUUGUAAUAUCACGUUAAAUGAUGCUGACAGUUUCCGGCAAAGACUACCUUUUUAAUAUUGAGAAGUAUAUUAUACGAGUGAAAAAAGAAAGAGAGGCUUUGAGAAUUUAUUAUUAUGGCGAACUUUGCAUGGCGCAGAAGAACGAUACACCUGAAUGGAUUUCAAAUUGUUUGGACACACGAUAGCAAUUAGUGAUAUCCAUGCGCCAUAUAGUAUAGAAAUUCUCGAGAUACAACAGCAACUUGCCGAAUUUGUACCUAAUUCAUCGGUUUUUGUCCGAGAUGUAUUACUCAGUUGUACUUCAUAUAAAUAGCUUCGUUGUUAGUACAAUAUUUAUAUAUGCUGUCUGUAAGAUACUAAAGUGAGAGAGAGAGAGAGAGAAAGAACAAAAUAAUUUUAUACAGUGCAUAUAUAUAUAUAUAUAUAUAUAUAUAUAUAUAUAUAUAUAUAUAUACAUAUUUAUAGAGAAAAAAAGAAAAAGGAUAAUGUAUAUUAUAUAAUGAUGAAUAAACAAAAGAUUCAUUCAGGAUGUGUUGUAUGAUCGCACUAUUAAAGAUAAAAUAUUAUUAUAUAGGAAUAUUUUUGUUCUUAUAUAUUUAUUAUUAUAAAAAUAAA